AUCCUGCCUUAUAAUGGUCAAAGGUUUCUAGCUAGCGGCAGUUCAAGUUACUCCGGAAAACCACACAGAUAAACUCAAAACGUGGCGAAUCUGGCCCCACAACACAUCUACUGAAUGAGAAUUAGCGUCUUCCAAAGUCUUAAAGUAGUCGUUUACGGACUACAGCUUGAAAAGCGCAGAAUUAGAAUUUUAGGAAAUUAACGCUCUUGGAUCGCAUACUUACAGAGAAGAGAGGAUUAAAAAAUGAAGUGAUUUAUCCAAUCAGACUUUCCAUUAAUUCACCAAUCACAUCGUUGGACUCUUCAGCCAAUGGUUUUGUUGCGCGGGACUUUUGAAAAUCAACAAGGCCAAUUAGAAUGUUUCUGAGUAUAUAUAAGGGCAGUCGCCACUCUGCCAAGUGGCUGAGUUUUUCUUCCAGUUAAUCUGAGAUGGCCCGCACCAAGCAGACUGCACGCAAGUCCACCGGUGGCAAAGCACCGCGCAAGCAGCUGGCCACUAAGGCGGCUCGGAAAAGCGCGCCGGCCACCGGCGGCGUGAAGAAGCCUCACCGCUACCGUCCCGGCACCGUGGCUCUGCGCGAGAUUCGCCGCUACCAGAAGUCGACUGAGCUGCUGAUCCGAAAGUUGCCUUUCCAGCGCCUGGUGCGAGAAAUCGCUCAGGACUUCAAGACGGAUCUUCGCUUUCAAAGUUCCGCGGUGAUGGCCCUGCAGGAGGCCUGCGAAGCCUAUUUGGUGGGGCUCUUUGAGGACACCAACCUGUGUGCCAUCCAUGCUAAGCGAGUGACUAUCAUGCCCAAGGACAUUCAGCUCGCUCGCCGCAUUCGUGGGGAGAGAGCGUAGAGGUUUCUGGGUAAUAAUUCUCUCCAACCCAAAGGCUCUUUUAAGAGCCGCCUACUUUAACCCGAAAAUAGCUGUAAUUGACUAAUCGAAUCUUUGAACGUUGGUUGUAGUACUUAAGUCCUCAUUUGAUUGGCUAAAGUUAAUGGUAAGCUUGCUAUAUUUGUUCCCGUGCUUUCUCCCGAACAUGCCAGAUUGUCAACGUCCUUUUUUUUUUAAACUUAAAUUUAAAUUUUUAAAUUUUUGCUGGCUAUUAGGGGUUUGGUGCUUCGAUUUGGUAGUGGAAGGGGCCAUCUGGGUUCAUGUUAUACAUGGUUUGUCUCAAGCGUUAGUUGCGUUGUCUACUUAUACUCAUUAUAGAAGGGUUUUUUUCCGUAGUGUAUUUGUAGUUAAUCCCUUUUAAAACCUUAGUUAAUGAGCAUUGGCAGUUGAGAAUAGGUACAGAUGUCCUUGGUUGCUGCUUUUUCUUGUCUGAAGUAAGCUAUUUCUACAAUCCCCCGCCCCACUUUUUUUUUUUUUUAAAACAGUUCUUGGUCUUUUCUGUGAAAUGAUCCAUUUUUGACCGAUAGUUGAUUCAAUAUCAAAAAUUGGUGGCAGAAACCAAAGCCAGAUUGGCUUCUACAUUACUGGCAGCGUGGGCAUUACCUGGGAACUUGUUAGAAACUUGUUUCAAUCCCCAGCUAGGGCUGGAGUCAAUCUGUAUAUACCUCAGAUGAUUGUCAUGAACACUGAUAUAGGAAGCCUAGGUUGUUGGUUUUGGUCUAAUCAAUAAAGGCAUCCUGCCUGUGAACUGUUACAAGGAGUGAGCUUUUGCAAAAUGUAUGUUUAUUUUACAGAAUGAAAUAUUCUAUGAAAUGUUCUCUAAAGCAAGUGCACAGAACAAUCCCCUAAAAUAGUUUGAUUUCUUUACAGAUCAGUUUUCUCAAUGUAACAUUACAAUCACAUGGGAAGGCUUUAGAAAAAUCUUUACCUGGUGUUCAAUGAGACUAAUAGCAGUCUGUAGAGUGGGCCCAGGGAAUGGUAAUUAUUAAUAUUCAGGUGCUUCUAACAAACAGCUGGGGCUGAGACUCCUUGCUACAUAAAUUUUAACACUCUCAUUAGCUCUGGUUUGACUCCAGACUUAGCACAGUUUUCUAAUUGAAUCUGUUUCCUUGUAGUUUGCCCUCAGAAUAUACUGGUCUCUAAAGAC